AACCCUGUCGUUGGAGUUAUCUAUUCCACUGUGACUCCCCCCAUAACAUCUAACCCAAAUCCUCACUCCCUUCUUGGACUGAGCUUGAAUUCUAUCCAUGGCUUCUUCUUCCUCUGAUCCUCCUGCCAAGCCCGAGCUUGGCUGUGCCAUGCCAGAGACUUCGGAAGCAGCCAUCAACAACGAUCAGGUGUUUUCAUACAGGGAUUUCAAGAAGCCGAAGAAAGAGAGAGGAUGUACGGCCAAAGAGAGAAUCAGCAAAAUGCCCCCUUGUACUGCCGGCAAACGCAGCUCCAUAUAUCGUGGUGUAACCAGGCAUAGAUGGACAGGUCGUUAUGAAGCACAUCUUUGGGAUAAGAGCACGUGGUGGAACCAAAAUCGAACAGAACAAGAAGGAAAGCAAGUUUACUUGGGCGCGUAUGAUGAUGAAGAGGCUGCGGCUAGAGCUUAUGACCUUGCUGCUCUAAAAUAUUGGGGUCCAGGGACUCUUAUUAAUUUUCCAGUGUCUGAUUAUACAAGAGAUCUUGAGAAAUGCAGAAUUUUUUCGAGAGAAGAAUACCUAGCGUCUUUACGACGGAAGAGCAGUGGCUUUUCUAGAGGAAUCUCAAAAUAUCGUGGACUCUCCAGUCGAUGGGAGCCAUCAUAUGGUCGCAUGGCUGGAUCUGACUACUUCAAUAGCAUACAUUAUGGUACAGGCGACGACUCAGCUGCAGAAAGUGAAUAUUUAAGUGGUUUCGGUGUGGACAGAAAAACUGAUUUAACGAGUUACAUUAAAUGGUGGGGAUCUAAUAAGAGUCGCCAAGCUGAUACUGGAACAAAAUUAUCAGAAGAAAAAAACCGUAGUUUUGCUGGAGGAGACCAUGGCAGUGAGCUCAGAACAUUGGAACAGCAAACACGACCUACUGAACCAUAUCAGAUGCCACGGUUAGGCACGUCCCAUGAUGAAAAAAGGCAUAAAAAUCCUUCAGUUUCUGCUUUAAGUAUCUUGUCUCGAUCAGCUGCCUACAAGAGCUUGCUAGAGAACGCAUCAAAGAGAGAGGGAAAUAGCACUGACCCUAAUGAAAAUGAAAACAAAAAUGGCAUUGAUAAGUUGGACCGUGGCAAGGCUGUGGAGAAAUCAUCAAAUCAUGAUGGCGGCAAUGAAGGACCUGAAUCUGUAAUGGGGAUGAGUGGGGCUUUGUCUCUUCAAAAGAAUGUUUACAACCCACUGGCUCCAUUCUUGUCUGCACCCCUUUUGACUGCUUGUAGUACUAUCGAUCCCUUAGUAGAUCCUCUUCUCUGGACGUCUCUUGCUCCUAUGCUUCCUGCUGGCCUUCCCCGUAAUGCUGAGGUUACAAAGACUGAGGCCAGUUCAUCUUAUAGCGUCUUCCAGCCGGAGGACUGAAUGGAAGUUCCCUUUGAAAGGAUUUGUGAUGUGAAGAAUAGCGAGUUCCUGAAGAACUGAGUAACAUAAUUGGGAGGGCUCCGUCUGUUCAGAUCUUCAUACAGAACGAGAGAUCCAAGUGUCUGACUAGCUCAAUGGUCUGAGAAAAUGCCCCCAUGGCUUGAAGCCCUGAACUAUGCAUGCUUAUUGUGAUACACAAACUAGGAACUUUGACAUAAAAGAUUACUGUGCUCAGUGCUCUAUACAUAGAUGACAUAUAUAGGGUUAUAACAAAUCAUUUCUUGCGAUAUGUUGCUGUCAAGUUUUUGCAGGCGGUAUCGAAGAGGGUGAUUUCAUGUACAGAACGUACGAGGGAGGAAGAAGUAUAUUAGACAAUUUUAUUUUAUGUUUGAUUUGUUUGUUUGAGUUAGACAGUGCUAUGUCAUAUUUGAUUCGUUCGCAACGUAA